AUGAAUAUCAGCACACAUUUUAUUCACAUCCACCACAUUCAACCCAUAAGUAUUUAUUCUUUAAAAUUUUUAAAGAGUAAAUUUUAAUCUGCUAUAAAACUAUACGAAAAUUUACGUAUCGCAAUACACAUUUAUACACCAAAAUGUUCAAGUGCAGAAUAUGUUCUGGCACACCAUUUUCUACGUUGUUUGGCUUUGGCGAUUCCAUGGAACACACAAGCCCCAAGAAUGUUGGAUCAGAUACUGAAGAUGUGACAUCCACGGCUCAGAAUGCUGACGAACUAUCAAAUAUAGAUUCAGAGGAUUUAAAUGAACUGAGGAGUGCGGAAGAAGUAGCGUUUUUGGUAAAAGCAUGGGAUGCAUAUGUCCACGAAAGGGCUAAAGCGCUGUGGAAAACUCCAGCAAAACGUUAUUCGAUAUUGGCAAGUAUAGCAAAGGAAUGUGACAAGCGAGAUGAUCCUGUUUUGGGAAAUGAUAUAACAUGUGUAAAGUGGAAAGGAAAGUAUGAGGAUGAUUAUCCCAUAAUAUACGUUAAUAAACCAGACGAAAACGUGGAUAGUAGUACUUAUGUUAAUCGCAUGCUUGUCUUCCUCUUUGCUGAUCAAGAAUCUUACGAAAAAAUAGAUAAAACGCGUUACAAAGCAUUCGAAAUGGUUUGUGGUAACAAAUGGUGUAUAAAUCUAACGCACAUUUCACUUUGUUAACGAGCUUGCACAAAGUAGUACCUGGAGGCAAUUUUAUAAAGUGACUAAGGCCCUCAUUCCUACAACUUACUUAGACUUGUGUUACAUCAAGAUAUUUAUUUGAACUGCGGUUGUAUGCAUUU